GUGCACGAUCAACACACACAUUGAUCCGGCGGCGUCGUGAGAUCCGACCAGCAUUUCGCGAAGGCGUAUUCUUCUUGAGAUACGUUAAAAAAAAUCGUAUCCUUCCCGUAUCGACUGCGCUCGGUGUUCCCGCGUAUCCCUACAGAAUGACCGUCGAUAAACGCGACUCUUCGGUGGAGUCGAAGGACAACGAACGGAAAAGCCGCGAGAAGACCAAAAACCGGCGAUCGUCCUCGUCGUCCUCUUCGUCAUCUUCAGAUUCCAGUUCGUCGUCGAGCUCGUCGAAUAGCUCUUCGAGCUCAAGUUCAUCGAGCUCCUCGAGUUCGGCUACGUCUAAAAGUCCGUCCCGUAGCCCGAAGAAAGCCGCUGCUUCUCGCGGCGGGGGAAGCGGCCGGCGAUCCCCUUCGAGAUCGCGCAGUCCGAGGAAAGAUCGAUCUCGCUCUCGAUCGCCACGUCGUCGUUCACGGUCUCCCAAGCGCCGGAGCAAAAGUCAUAGCUUGAGUCCUCUGAGAUCUCAGAAAGUUCACGUGGGAAGACUUACCAGAAAUGUCACCAAAGACCACAUAAAAGAAAUCUUCUCACAUUUCGGAACAAUAAGUACCGUCGACAUGAUCAUGGAAAGGCAUCAUCCGCACAUAUCCCGCGGAACCUGCUACGUCGAGUUCGAAACCCAUGAGGAAGCCAGCAAAGCCAUCAAAUACAUGGAUGGCGGUCAGAUCGACGGUCAGGAGAUUACAGUGAACGUAGUGCUCCCCCUCAUGAAAACCGACAAACCACCUAUGAGACGAGACCGCGGGGGUUUCCGCGGUGGUUUCAGGGGCAACGACCGUCGCCGAGAUCGAGACAACAAGCGCCGCAGUCCGAUCCGUCGCCGGAGUCCGAGACGCUCUCCCUUCAGGAGGUCACCGCGUCGCAGAAGUCGCAGUCCAGUCAAUCGUCGCCGAAGGAGAUCAUCGUCAUCCAGAAGUUCGUCGCGCUAGGUCGAUGCGGGAUUUUGACAAGGCUUUCCAACAUUCGAGUCCGCACUCUAAAAGAAAAUCCGAGGAGACGGAAUUUUUUCCUUCGCCGAUAAUAAUUGCAUCCGCGAGGAAGGCUGAUAUUCAGAAGAGUUUUUGAAGUAAUACAAACAAUUGCUCG